ACAAUGGGUGACCAUACAUUGUUUGGCCUACCCGACCUUCUCUGUAAAUAACUUUAUUGUGUAAAAACAAACUGUAAUUUACAACGUUUCUUGUAUAUUAUCUGUGAAAAUAGCUUCUUACACGGAGUAGCAAUUCAGAUUGCUGUCCAAAGAACUUCAGCCAAGAUGAAGUAUUUGCUGAUAUAUAGGCAAUAUAAAUAACGCCGUUAUGUACACCCAGCAAAAUCUUGACGUUCACUUUAGCCACUGACAUAUUUGUCAAUGAGCGGCUAUAAUGCAAUACAUAACCUUAUCGUAUCGAUAUAGCGGGCUGUAGUUUGUCAGGAAAUAAGUGUAUAUUUUGGUACUAGCGCCCAAAUCGUUUCUUCGAAUAAUUAGUGGAAUUAUUUGUCAAUGCCAACGAACAGAUGAAUAGCUACAAAUAGUGAAAUUUCGAGUAGAUGAGGACUACCCCACUAAAAUUGUGUUAGUGCACGUUCAGGUUCUCGGGCUUUUCGAAGCAGUUUCAAUGCCGUACGUUGUGAAGUGUUUACUCUGCGAGAAUGACGCUAACAACGUCAAGGAUGGCACUCAGUUUUUCAGGGUGCCCGUCGAUGUAGACGUCCGAGAACGUUGGCAAAACGCUCUGCAGUGCAAAAAAUUUUCUAGCAGAAAUUUCAUAUGCUCAAAACAUUUCAAUCCCGAUGAUUUGCAAUGUGUUAGCGGCCAAAUAUUUCUCGGAAAGCAUGCACUUCCUAUACACCCGGAUAAAAAGGAAUCCCAUCUGCAGUCAGAUUUGAUCACGAUGCCAAUGAUAAAUUUGCAAAUCGAUAGAAAUUCAAGCGACGAAGAAUCGACGGCCGAAAGUGUAGUAUCGCCAAUGCGAACGGAACGCUUUGUAGCCCCGGAAGAGCCACUAAAGUAUAUUAGUAGAAUUCCAAUUUUUCAUCUACAAACUGUACAGUGUGGAGAGUAUGGAAAACCAAUACAAGCACCACUUAAGGAUACCAUAUCCCAGGGAACUCAAACUUCAAUAGAUGAUGUUGCAUCGGUUGCUCCAAAAUCGAUUGGAACCCAAAUUCCUGAUAGCGAAGAUAUGGAGUACUUCAAUCCCGAAGAAACGCUUAUCCAACAGAGUAACGAAGCAAAUGAAUUAGCAAAAGCAAAUUCAACCAUUCAGGACCUGAACGAGCUGCUAAAGGAGAAAAAUGCUUCAAUACAUUCCUUGCAAAAUAAAAUACUACACCAGACGCGAAAAAUAAACCACCUGAUCAAAAUCAUAGGCAAUCUAAGAAGAGCAGGCUUCAGAUACAAUGUUGCUCCACUUCAUGGCAAUAACUAUUCUCCAAGCAAUGGACUUAAAAGUGCUGCCGGGGAAAUAAAAAUACAAACAAUUCAGGCUGUUCCUCCUGAAGUGGAAUCUACUAAAACCAACCACCCAGUAGUAAGUAAAGCUACGGUUGUGGCACAAACGGCACAUGGUCCGGCACUACCAAGGAUUUAGACAAGAUCGAAGUCUAUAUCUCAUUCCAAACAGGCGGAAAGAAGUAAAAGAUGACAUUUAUUGAAAAGAUGUUACAUAGUUCUUCCAAAUAUCAGACAAAGGUGAUAUAUCCGAUAUCGAUAUUUCCUUCACUGCCAAAAGAGAAGGACUUAUUAUUUGAAUUACUCUUAAAGGAAAAUGAAACGUAUUAAAUACGACUAAUGGCAAUAAUUUAAUUGACUCAAAGCAACAGUGAAGAUGCUACCAAUAUGAUAUAAAAUUGAAUUGAAUUGGAGAUGUGAUUGCAUGUUCAACAAUGAAUUUACUAAAAGUCUAAAAUUAGAGAUAGGAAUAAUGUCUUGAUCAAGGGUAUGGUGAUUUCUCUUUUCUGUUUUUAACUUAUUCGAAUUUUUUAUUCAUUUGUAUAAUUUUGCCCACACCCUUAAGGGAGUGAAAUAAUCGAUCAAAAAUGUGCUAUAUUUAUUAACAUGAAAGGUGUCCGGGAGCAAAUCAGGAUCUCAGAAUUAUAUAAUAAAAAAAUUCCGAAGUAUAUUAAUUUAAUAAAACCAGUUUUUUAAAUGAAAAGAAUUUUGAUUUUACCAUUA